CCAGGGUGUGUUCGUUUAUUACAGAACCCGUAACACAGCCUCACUGGGACAGGGUGGUAACUGAAUCUUGAGCCGCGGUGCAAGUUAGACCUGCGGUGAGAGAUUUAUUGGAAGAAAAGUCCGCAACUGUAAGCCAACCACGACUGAUAACGAGGGAUCAGCGAACAGUGAGAGCAUCAACUGGAGAGAGACCUCUGACUCAGAGUUUCCAUUGGUUCAGUCCGGAGAAAGUUCGUUAGACCUGUGUUGAGAGAUUUAUUGGAAGGAAAACCCACGCCUGGAAGAAAUCACAACUGACGACGAGGGAACAGCAACAAGUGAACCAGUUCGAGAACUGAGGGCACCAACUGGAGAGAAACCGUCUGAAUCAGAGUUUCCAUUGACUCACUCAGGAGAAAGUUUGCUCAGAGCAUCACCAGAAGGCGGCGCUGUCCAGCACCGGGAUCAGAGUGUAAACAAGACGACGACAAUCAGCAACUGUCUGUCAGAAUCGGAAUGGCUACAGGUGGGAAAUUAAAUCGGGUACAGAAAGUACUCAAGAGGCUUUUACCAGGCAGCUCAUCGAGGGAAAAUGAUCGGGAUACAGGAAGCAAGGUUCCAAAGCAGGGUCAGAUUGAGAGCAAUGUCCCAAUGGAAUGCGGUCCGGCUGCAGAGGAGGAGAAGCAAAUUCAGCCCAGAGACAGUGACGUCAGAGACACUGAGCAGGACCCUGGAACCGGCACAAGUGAGGCGACUUCCUGUCAGCCCAGAGACAGUGACGUCAGAGACACUGAGCAGGACCCCGGAACCGGCACAAGUGAGGCGACUGCCUGUCAGCCCAGAGACAGUGACGUCAGAGACACUGAGCAGGUCCCUGGAACCGGCACAAGUGAGGCGACUGCCUGUCAGCCCAGAGAGAGUGACGUCAGAGACACUGAGCAGGUCCCUGGAACCGGCACAAGUGAGGCGACUGCCUGUCAGCCCAGAGACAGUGACGUCAGAGACACUGAGCAGGACCCUGGAACCGGCACAAGUGAGGCGACUGCCUGUCAGCCCAGAGACAGUGACGUCAUGGUCACAAAGCAGGACCCUGGAACCGGCACAAGUGAGGCGACUGCCUGUCAGCCCAGAGACAGUGACGUCAGAGACACUGAGCAGGACCCUGGAACCGGCACAAGUGAGGCGACUGCCUGUCAGCUCGGAAACUCAUUAAACACGGAAUUGUCCAGUGCCCAACAGGGAGUGGAGUUUACAAUCUCCGACCUCCUGGCAGAGGGGGGCGAGUAUCGACUGUACCAACUGACCAAGUUCUACAGGGACAGACUCAAACAUGCAAUUGAAGAAAAGGUUGAAAGACUCGGUUGGAUGUUGACAAAGGAUGGACAUUUCAGUCGAGAAGAAAAUGAGAAAGUCACUGAACUGACGGAGAAGGGAAACCGGACAGAGAGUUCCAGACUCUUCCUCAGUUUGGUGAAUGGCAAAGGCUCCCGGGCCCGGAGGGCGAUGUGGGAAUCCUUUGUGAUGUGGAGGACUGAGUUACCAAAGCUGGACAGGAUACUGAGGGAGAUACAGGAGCUCGGUCCUGACCCAGAGGAAUACAUGAACAUCGCACAAGGGUUGUCUGAGUUACCCACUGAACUGACAGAUGUUCAACAGAAACACAAGGAGACUCUGCGGGCACAAACUGAAACACUGAGAGUGAACACGAUCCUGAUGAGGGAGAAGGUGAAGGUUUUCCAGCUGAUUGAUCGAUACACAGAGCUCACGGUCAUUUCUACUCUUCGAGAUCGGAGACUGGUGGAACACGAGCUGCUGGCAAGAGGCAGAGACCACGAGGAUUAUAGAGAGAAACAUCUCCGUGGAGCGUUAGAAAAAAUAGAGACUGCUCAGUUAUUCCACAGCAGUUUUUCCCGGAGAAAAUCCAAAUCUGGCAGUUCUGCAGCAGUAGCCGGAGUGCCAGGAAUCGGGAAAACAACAAUGGUACAGAAGAUUGUUUUUGACUGGGCCGCGGGGAAAAUAUUCCAACAAUUCCAGUUUGUCUUCAGUUUCAAAUUCCGGGAUUUAAACUCUAUUAACUGCAGAAUAAACCUGAGGGAACUGAUUCUGGAUCAAUAUCCUUACUUUGGGAAUAUCCUGAGAGAGGUCUGGAAGAACCCAAAGGCAUUGCUGUUUAUAUUCGAUGGUUUGGAUGAAUUCAAGCACACAAUCGAUUUUGCGGACAGUCGGAGAGAUACAGAACCCAAGCACCAGUGCCCAGAUCCCGAGUGGUGGUGUGAAGUGUCGGACAUUGUGUACAGUUUAAUCCAGGGCAAGCUGCUCCCAGGGUGUUCAGUGCUGUUGACCACCCGUCCCACUGUGUUACAUUUAUUGGAAAAAGCGAAGAUUGGUGUCCGGGCUGAAAUCCUGGGAUUUGUUGGUGAGGAACGGAAGGAAUAUUUCAUCAAGCAUUUUGAAGAUCAGAUGGUGGCAGCAGCUCUUUUCAAACACGUGCAGGAGAAUGAGAUCCUGUACACCAUGAGCUACAACCCCUCCUACUGCUGGAUCCUCGCUCUGGCACUGGGCCCCUUCUUCACAGAAAGUGUCAGGGACCCACAGAGAGUUCCCAAGACCAUCACCCAACUGUACUCCUACUAUAUUUACAAUAUCCUAAAAAACCACGGCCGUGAGAUUGAGAGACCCCGUGAUGUGUUUCUCAGGGUGGGUCAGAUGGCCUACAGAGGAGUGUCCGAGAAGAAGAUUGUGUUUGCAGACGGAGAUUUGAUCAACUACAGUCUGCAGCCUUCCCAGUUCCUGUCCGGGUUCCUGAUGGAGCUUUUGGAGAGAGAGGAUUCUGCCCACAGCGUGGUGUACACAUUCCCACACCUCACCAUCCAAGAGUUUGUAGCUGCAGUCGCACAAUUCCUGACUGUACAUCCUGAGGAUAUCCUGAAAUUCCUCAAUGAAGCCCACAAGACACAAGAUGGGCGAUUUGAGGUAUUUCUCCGUUUUGUUGCUGGUCUCUCCAACCCAAUGACAGCUCGGGGCCUGGAGGAGUUUCUGGGUCCAUUUCCUCAUCAAACAACCUGCCGGGUGAUUGACUGGGUGAAGGAGGAGGUUAAAGGCCAGAGUGGAAACACUGGUGACAUUGGGAGAAGGAGACUCCUGAACACAUUGCACUACCUGUUUGAGUCUCAGAAUCGUGGACUGGCUCAGGCCGCACUGGGAUCUCUGAAAACACUUUCAUUCAGUGGAAUGACACUGACCCCGGUUGACUGCGCGGUUCUGUCUCAUGCAAUCGGACUCUGUGAUACUAUAAAAGAACUCGACCUGCAGCGCUGCCACAUUCAGUGUGAAGGAAUCCAGCGGCUGGGACCCGGGCUGAACAAGUGCCAGGAGUUGAGACUUGGGGUGAAUGACCUGGGAGAUUCAGGAGUGAAACUGGUGUCUGCGGCUCUGGUGAACCCGGAGUGUAAAAUACAGAAACUGUGGCUGGGGGGUGUCGGUCUCACAGAUUCUGGGGCCGAGGAUCUCGCCUCCGCUCUCAGUACAAAACCAUCACUGACGGAUCUGAACCUGAGUGGUAAUAAACUGGGAAAUUCAGGAGUGAAACUGGUGUCUGCGGCUCUGAGGAACCCGGAGUGUAAAAUACAGACACUGUGGCUGAGGGGUGUCGGUCUCACAGAUUCUGGGGCCGAGGAUCUCGUCUCUGCUCUCAGUACAAACCCAUCACUGACGGAGCUGGACCUGAGUGAUAAUAAACUGGGAGAUUCAGGAGUGAAACUGGUGUCUGCGGCUCUGAGGAACCCGGAGAGUAAAAUACAGAAACUGUGGCUGGGGUAUGUCGGUCUCACAGAUUCUGGGGCCGAGGAUCUCGUCUCCACUCUCAGUACAAAACCAUCACUGACGGAGCUGAACCUGAGUAAUAAUAAACUGGGAGAUUCAGGAGUGAAACUGGUGUCUGCGGCUCUGAGGAACCCGGAGUGUAAAAUACAGAAACUGUGGCUGAUCCGUGUCGGUCUCACAGAUUCUGGGGCCGAGGAUCUCGUCUCCGCUCUCAGUACAAAACCAUCACUGACGGAGCUGAACCUGAGUAAUAAUAAACUGGGAGAUUCAGGAGUGAAACUGGUGUCUGCGGCUCUGAGGAACCCGGAGUGUAAAAUACAGAAACUGUGGCUGAGGGAUGUCGGUCUCACAGAUUCUGGGGCCGAGGAUCUCGUCUCCGCUCUCAGUACAAAACCAUCACUGACGGAGCUGAGCCUGGGAUCAAACUCUCUGACAGACCGAUCUGUCCCCGGUCUCCGCCGCCUCAUACUGACCCUCCCGAGUCUGGAGCAGAUCUGGCUGCGGGACAAUCUGUUCAGUGAGACCGGGAGGAAUGAACUGAGAUCUCUGUGGGGAGUCAGACCCGGACUGAGAGUCGGGACCUGAAUGUGUGAACAUCCCCGCCCGCGGAAUGGAGCCGAUUCCCCCCCUCCCCUUUAACUACCCCUCCCCCUCCCCUUUAACUACCCCCCUCUCCUUUAACUACCCCUCACCCUUCCCUUUAACUACCCCUCCCCCUCCCCUUUAACUACCCCUCCCCCUCCCCUUUAACUACCCCUCACCCUUCCCUUUAACUCACCCCUCCCCCUCCCCUUUAACACUCCGCCCUCCCCUUUAACUACCCCUCCCCCUCCCCUUUAACUACCCCUCCCCCUCCCCUUUAACUUCCCCUCACCCCUUUAACUCCCCCUCUCCUUUAACUACCCCUCACCCUUCCCUUUAACUCACCCCUCCCCCUCCCCUUUAACACUCCGCCCUCCCCUUUAACUACCCCUCCCCCUCCCCUUUA